AUGGAGCGCUGUGGACGGGUGGAGCCGUUCAGGUUGCUGCUGGUCUGCUGGCUGCUGGUCGGCCCGGUGCUGGCUCAGGUCCGCCACCCUCUGCCUGUGCUGUGGAUGACGCCGUCCGGGUCAGGGAGGGAGAACCUGACGGCAGGCGUGGGUCCGGCUGUAAGACUGGCUCUGCAAGACCUGAAGAAACAACCACCACCACUGGGAAACUAUGAGAUCCAGCUGCAGCUGCUGGACUCGCAGUGUGACCCUGCUCCAUCACUCAAAGCUCUGUUUGACACCAUGUGGGCGGGGCCAAAGUACCUGCUGUUGUUCGGAGGGGUGUGUCCAUCUGUGACCCUGUUCACUGCUCGCUCUCUGCCAGCCCUCAACCUGGUGCAGGUGUCUUUUGCAGCCAUGUCCCCCGGCCUGUCCAACAGGAAGUGGUACGGGAAUUUGUUCAGCACGAUGCCGUCAGACCGAGCUCUGAACCAGGCCACCGUCAAGCUGCUGCAGCGCUACAAGUGGACCAGAGUCGGCAUCGUCACACAGGAAAAACCCAGAUUCUCACAGAUGAAGACGGAUCUGAUCAGACAGCUGCUGGAGGCUGAAGUUCAGGUGGUUUCCACAGAGAGUCUCUCUGAUGACGUCUGUGACAGCCUGAGGAAGCUGAAGCAUCGUGAUGUGCGGAUCAUCAUCGGACAGUUUGAAGAGGAUUCUGCCUCCGAGGUUUUCUGCUGUGCGUACAGACUGAACCUGUUUGGAGCUCGGUACCAGUGGGUCGUCAUUGAUGAAGGAACAGCUGGAUGGAGGCUGGGGGGGCAGGUUUCCGGCUGUUCGGCCAACAGCCUCCUGACGGCAGCUGACGGGUCCAUCAGGCUGCAGGUCAGACAGCUCAGCAGCACAAACACACCUGGAGUCUCUGGACAGACUCCUCGGGACUACCAGGACGCCUACCUCAGACAGCUGAUCCAGGAGGGGUCGCCUUUCAGCCCGCUCCACGCCUUCGCCUACGACGCAGUUUGGGUCGCCGCCAGAGCUCUGAGUCAGGUGAUGGAGGCCGUGAGGCACCGAGAGAAACACAGCGUUCAGAGAAACGUGACGGUGGGAGAGGAGGAGGUUCAGAGGAUGCUGCUGGAGGCCGUGAGGAGCACACGCUUCGAAGGGGUCACUGGACCUGUUUUCUUUCGGAACGAGGAGAGAAUGACGGCGAUCGAGCUGAUCCAGUUUCAAGGCAGCAGUGGUGUGUUGGUGGGUGACUUCACUACAGCCACUCACCAGCUCCGACUCAUGAACCACCUGCUGAAGUUCAAAGGUCCAGGACCAGCCAGAGACCGGACCCUGGUGCGUGUGCAGCAUCGUCGUGUGAACCUCCUCCUGUAUGGCAUCGUGUCAUCGGCCUCAGCCGUGACCAUCGUCAUGGCUCUGAUCAUCCUGUGCUUCAUCACCAUCCACCGCAAACACUGGCUGCUGAGGUCGAGCAGUGGAUCCCAGGACCAGCUGCUCCUGCUGGGCAUCCUGCUCUCCUCCUCCUCGGUCCUGCUCUCUGGUCUGGACGGAGCCUCGGUGUCUGACCGGACCUUUGAGGUUCUCUGCUCUGUCCGUCUGUGGACUCUCUCAGUGGGACACACCGUGGGCUUCGCUGUGCUGUUCACCAGAGCCUGGAGAGUGUAUUCACUGUGCAGCAGCAAGCAGGAGCAGACUCGUCUGCACGCGGGACCACGUGUCGUACUCGGGAUGUUCCUGCUAGAUGUGUUUGUUUUAACAUCCUGGCAAAUCCUGGACCCCCUCAGGCGGGUGGUGCUGCAGCAUCGCUUCGAGCGUGAUGCUGCUGACGAAGGCGUCGUCGUCCGGCCGUACUCUGAGCACUGCAGCGGCGUGGACACAGAGCUGUGGCUCACUGCUGUCUACGGAUACAAAGGCCCUCUGCUGGGUCUUGGAUGUUUCCUGGCCUGGAACAUCAGCUCUGUCCAGGUGGACCGUCCUGCUGUCAGCAGGAAACCCCUGACUCUGAGUGUGUUUGCUGUGACGCUGUUCAGUGUGUCAGGAGUGUCAGGAUCACUGCUGACAUCCCACAAUCCUCCUGUCCAGUUCUGUCUGAGCAGCGUCCUCAUUCUCUGCUGUAACAUCUGCAUCCUGAGCUGGCUCUUUGGACCAGCGAUUUUCCACUUGUGGUGGAACGGCAGCGAGCUGCAGCAGCAGCCGAGCGAGCUGCACGGUGAAGCUGCAGAGGACGAAGACGAAGAGCAGCUGAGGUUAAACCAGCAGCUGCAGAGUCAAACUGCACAGCUGGAUGUAGAAAUAGAAGCAGUCACCAUGCAGCUCUCUGAGACGACACAGUGUGAGAUGCUUCAUGUGACGACAACAACAAACAACAGUGAAGUCCGACCUGUGACGUGGACUCAUGAAGCUCAGGUCUGUGCCGAGGACAGAAACCCGGAGAGGAAGCCUCAGGACGACAUCAACUCUCCUGAACACGUGCGGCGGCGUCUGUCCGUGCAGCUGCCCAUCCUCCACCACUCCUACCUGCCCUUCGUGGGCGGCGUCAGCUCCAGCAGCUCCAGUCUGUUCGGCAGCCGGGACGUCUUCGUUCAUCACGACGUGCUGAUGGCCACGGGAACAUCCUGCCACCCUGACAGCACACACCUGGAGCCACCUUACUGAGGAACCAAUCAGAGGGCAGCUGUGAGCCUCACCUGUGGCUGCUCUUUGUGAACUAGAGGAUUUUGGUCCCAGAUGAAUUUUCACGUUGUUAUGUAUGAAAAUAAACACACGUCCAUAUUUCUACACUAUUUCACAUGUUUUCUGACGCAGAAGAACAGAAGCACGCUGCCACUGUGUGUGGUGCUG